AUCAUUCUCCAAGGCCCCGGGGCCAAGGAGGGGCGGGCGGCGGCAGGGAGCUAUAAAGCCCGCUCCUCCUCCGCCUGGGGAAGAGCAGAGGAGCAGAAGGAAAGCACCCAGCCAGGCCAGGCUCUCUCUGCCCGUCCGCCCCCUCGGAGCCUUCCAGCGCCAGCCAUGGCUGACCAAGAGGCGCCCGCUCCCUCCCAGCCCCAGGCGGCCCCAGCAGAAGCCGACCCGGCCCCAGACCCAGCCCCGGAUCCCCAGCCCCAGCCCCCGGCAGCAGCAGCAGCAGCAGCAGAAGCCCAGCCCGCCCCGUCGGGCCCCGAAGAGGCAGAGGCCCCCCCUGCUGCGCCUCCGGCCCCCAAGAAGAAGUCCAAAGAAGGAGCUCCCGGUGCCCCGGUGAAUCUGAAAAUGGAUGAUGUGAAUAAUGAUUCUGUGACUCUGACAUGGGAUGCACCAGAGAAUGUGGGUCCUUCUGGCCUGGAUGGAUAUGUAGUGGAGUACUGCAAAGAUGGAACUACAGAUUGGGUGGCUGCCAACAACAAACCCUUCCUUUCUACUCGUUAUGUAAUCCGCAAUCUAACAUCUGGAGAUAAACUUCACAUUCGGGUGGCAUCAGUGAAGGGCGAUGGUAUAAGUGAUCCAGCAGUCCUGGAACAGCCUGUCCUUGUCAGAGAAAUUCUUGAGCAUCCCAAGAUCCGACUGCCCCGCCACUUGCGAGAAUUGUACAUGAAGAUUGUGGGAGAAGUGGUGAACCUGAUGAUUCCUUUUCGGGGAAAGCCAAAGCCACAAGUGACUUGGACCAAAGAUGGACAACCUUUGGAUCCCAAGCGAGUAUCUGUGCGCAACAGUGAGAAAGACUCCAUCUUCUUCAUCCGUGGAGCACAACGCGCAGAUUCUGGAAAAUAUGAGAUGACUGUUAAGAUUUUGGAUGAAUUAGAAGACAAGGCCAUCAUUAAUCUCCAGGUGGUUGAGAAACCAGGCCCUCCUGAGAAUUUGAAGCUUUUAGAUGUCUGGGGUUUUAAUGUGGCACUAGAGUGGAGCCCACCCAAAGAUAAUGGCAACGCUGAGCUCAAAGGCUACACAGUCCAGAAAGCAGACAUGAAAACUAAGCAAUGGUUCACUGUUCUGGAACAUUACAAUCGCACUAGCUGUACAGUGUCUGAUCUCAUCAUUGGCAACACCUACUCCUUCCGAGUCUUUUCAGAGAAUCCCUGUGGCCUCAGCGAGAAACCUGCUGUUACCAAGGAUGUGGCACAAAUCAAAAAAUCAGUAACUGUGUGCAAAUCACAGAAGUACAGUAGCCGGGAUUUCUCUGAACCUCCAAAGUUCACCCAGCCUCUGACUGACAGAACCACCACUCGAGGUUAUAGUACCCAGCUUGUCUGUUCUGUCCGGGGUUUCCCAAUGCCCAAAGUCAUUUGGAUGAAAAACCAAAUGGAGAUUCGAGAAAAUCCCAAAUAUCUCGCCAUCACAAACCAAGGUGUUUGCUCUCUAGAAAUUCGCAAGCCCAGUCCCUUUGAUGGUGGGGUCUACACUUGCAAAGCUGUGAACCCAUUUGGAGAAGCCUCUGUAGACUGCAAGCUCAAUGUAACAGUUCCAGAAUGAAGAUGGCACAGUGAAUUGGAUGAAGAUCAAGGUGUGUUUGACUGCACUUUAGAGAUCAUUCCAACUUAAAAGCCAGCCAACAUAUGUUAUAUUAAAGAGUCCAUGUUUGGAAUUGGAGACAACAUUGGUACAAGACUGGUAACAUUUGGCAUUGCUCCGUUGCAUUUAGCUAUAUAAUGCACAAACAGAGAUGUAAGGAAAUGAAGUGAACAGACUUCAUAUAAAAUUGUUAUACAGAUCUUCUCCUGCUUCUUCUUCUUAUGCUCAGUCCAUUCAUCUUCUGAAGCCUAACUGAAGAUCACAUUAAUUAUUAUAAUCUAAAAACCUUCAUUUGGAACAUAGAACAUAUACAUCUAUAAAGACAGAUCAAUAUGAAGACCCAAAAAGGGAGGGGAGAAAAAGCAGAAGGGCAGAGUUGGGUACAAAAGGAAAGGAAAGGCACAGGCUUAUAUAUUCUGAUUUCCUACAUUCUCCUACAUUCCUGCCCAUAAAGUCUGGUUAAACUGUAAUACUAAGGGCUCGUUCCCACUAUUAUUUAAAGUGAAUUGCUGAUUGGUUUAUAUUACCAUCAUUCCCAUUCGAAACCAGUUCUGAUCUGGUCAUGAUAAAGUGGGCAAAUGCAAAAAACCACAGUUUUUCCAGACACUAGUUUUCUAAUGGCUAUUUUGGAAAGAAUCAAUUCCGGAGCAUGUUCAACAAGUGGGGAUAACAGAUCUGAGUCACAUCAUUCUGAGGGGAGAGACGAAUGGCAGAAGGGUGUUU